UCAAUUUUGGCGUCAUUCAGAGUCCGAUAUUUUUGCGUAAACUUGACGCUACUGAAAAUGUCUGAGAAAUUUGUUAUUUUCAAACAGAUAACAGAAGAUUACAUGUGUUUAUGGUAGUUGUGUGUAUCCCGCUGCUGAUUCAAUCCCUGACUCCCGUUAAAUCUCCAAGACAGCUUUUUUAUUUCAUCUAUCUUUGUUCCGUUCAGUUCAAUUUAAUGGAAAUGGCAUCCUCUUCCGUAGCCAGGCAAAAUCAAUCUCAAUUAGAAAACAUUUUUGAUGAGCUUGCACCUUUUUCAGCACCUAAAUCUACAGAGCCUUGGGACGUUUUUAUUAAUCACUGUGGACGUGAUGUGAAACACACAUUGGCCACCACCAUCUACCAUAAACUUCAUUCCAUUGGACUGCAUGUAUUUCUAGAUCUGGAAGCCCUUGAGGCUGGUGAUUCUAUUCCAGCAGAAAUACAACACGCUAUAGCUAGUGCUACCCUUCAAAUUGCCAUUUUUUCUCCGACGUAUGCCCAAUCCCCAUGGUGUUUGGCUGAGCUAUCUUCCAUGCUCAAAACUGGUGCAACAAUUAUUCCCAUUUUCUAUCAUAUUGAGCCCUCUGAUCUCAGAUGGAUUGAGUCAGGAAAAGGAAAAUAUGCUGAUGCAUUUUCAGAGCAUGAAAAGAAGGGCAGAUACACACCAGAAAAGCUUAAUGUGUGGAGAAGGGCACUCCGUGACAGUUCAUUCAUAUCAGGGUACACCAUCAAUAAUAACAAGGAUGAGGCCACAGUUUUGAAGAAUAUUGUGAAUUGUACAUUUCAAAUCAUGAAAAAAGUUCCAUUAUGGGUAGCCGAACAUCCACUUGGAUUGGAUGAGCUGAUACAAGGCUUCGAAUCAGUUGCAGGAGAAGAGAAAGUAAAAAUCAUGGGGAUCGCAGGCAUAGGAGGUAGUGGUAAAACCACAUUGGCCAAAGAGCUGUUCAACAGGAACUUUUCCUCUUUUGAGAGAUGCAGUUUCGUUUUCGAUGUGCGAGAUGCAGCAUCCAGAAAUGCUCUGUCUGACAAGCAGAAAAAGCUUCUGGCUGAUCUUGGUGUCCAUGAUUUGCCAUUCGACAGUGUAGACGAAGGCAAGAUCAUUCUUGCAAAUCGUCUGAGCUCUCAUCGAGCGCUCAUAGUGUUAGAUGACGUUGAUCACAUCGACCAACUAAAUGCUCUGUUACCCAAUAAAGACAACCUUGGAUCCCAAAGUAUGGUUAUUGUAACAACCCGGGAAUUGGGUGUCCUUAAAUCAUGGGGUAUCUCCAGCAUUUAUAAAAUGCCAGGACUUAGCAUGCCACAUGCUGGUCAGUUGUUCUGCUGGCAUGCUUUCUUGCAGCCCUUUCCACCUCCUGGAUUUGAAGUUCUGGUCCAGAAAUUCUUAAAGGCGUGCAAUAGCUUGCCUUUGUCACUGAAGGUAUUGGGGGCACAGUUAUAUGGGAAAAAGUCUAGAGAUUACUGGAAAUCCCAAUUAAAUAAGAUCUUAAGAAUAUUGCCUGGCGAAAUCAAAGAAAGGCUACAAGUUAGCUACGAUGCACUCGAUGAAGAAGAGAGAGAGAUGUUCUUGGAUGUAGCUUGUUUUCUCACUGGAGAAAAGAAAAGCAAGGCUGUAGCAGUGUGGGAUGGAUCGGGUUGGAGUGGCCUGCAUGGUAUAGAAACACUCCUGAAUAAGUGUCUUGUGGAGCUGUUCGAUGGGGACAAAAGAAUAAGGAUGCAUGAUCACCUUAGGGAUAUAGGAAGAGAGAUUGCAAGCAGACACUCACCAUAUCGGGUAUGGUUUACAGAGCAGAUUGUUAACAUGAAGAAACAUUCCAUGAAAAUAAAGUUGCUUCGAGGGAUACAACCUGCGGAUUCUUUUGUGGCAUUCAAAGAGUACAGACUUCAGUUCAUGGGAAUAUCAAGAAGAUCAUCUAAACGCCUUAGAUUCUCCAAUGGAUUGCAAAUUCUUUCUGUCAAAGGAAAUGAGUUUACAGAAGAAUUUGCACCAUUAUCAGAAGAUCUUGUGUGGCUUCGCUGGGAAGGUUUUCCCUUAAGGAGUCUCCCAUCAUGGCUUACAUUAAAAAAUUUAAGUGUUUUAGAGCUUCAUAAAGCUGAUGAGUUGGAAGAACUGUGGAAGGACAAUGUAGAACCUCCUUUGCAAUUGAGAGAGCUUAUUUUACUGGGUUGCCAAAAAUUGCAAUGGCUUCCAAGCUCAAUAAGAAGUCUUCGGUAUCUGAAAAGGCUUGUCGUUUACUUUCAUGGUAGCAGUUUGCCAGAAGAGCUCUGUGACCUCCAAUCACUGGAGUAUGUGCGAUUAUAUUCUCCAGUGCUAUCAUCGCUACCUACUGCUUUUGGCAAUUUAAUAAGUUUGAAGAAAAUAGAACUGCGGAAUUGUGAGCAGUUGAAUAUUUUGCCUGAUUCUUUCAAUCAGCUGAUACACCUGAAAGAUCUAAAUAUGAUAAGUUGUCAAAUGCUAUCUUCACUACCUAUUGAUUUUGGCAAUUUAAUAAGCUUGUGGAAUGUAGAUUUGUGGUAUUGCAAACAGCUGAGCACAUUGCCUGAUUCUUUCAGUCAGCUGAUACACCUACAAAUUUUAAAUUUAACAGGUUGUGAAAUGCUCUGUUCACUACCUGUUGGUUUUGGCAAUUUAACAAGCUUGCGGAAUGUAAGUCUGGGGAACUGCAAAAAGUUGAGCACCUUGCCUGAUUCUUUUAGUCAACUGAUAUACCUGGAAUUUCUAAAUUUAUCAGGUUGUGAAAUGCUAUCUUCAUUACCUGUUAGCUUUGGCAAUCUAAUAAGAUUGCAGAGUAUAAAUAUUGGCUCUUGCAUCCAGUUGAACACAUUGCCAGAUUCUUUCAAGCAGCUAACAAACCUAAUGUCUUUAAAUUUGUCAAAUUGUAAAAUGCUUUUUUCACUACCUACUGGUUUUGGCAAUUUAAUUUGCUUGCAGAAUAUAAAUCUGAAAUCUUGCAUCCAGUUGAGAACAUUACCAGAUUCUUUCAAACAGUUGAUAAACCUAGAAGAUCUAAAUUUGUCAGGCUGUGCAAAGCUUGAAUUGAGAUCAGAUAUCAUGGAAAACAUCAGGAAGCUCAAGGUUUUGAACCUUAGUGAUUGCAAGGAAUUGGAAGAUUUACCUCAUCAAAUCAUAUAUCAGGAGUCAUUGACUAAAUUAUAUCUACAAGGUUGUAUCAAGUUAAGAGCUGUACCGACAAACAUCAGCAAACUGAGCAAGUUAGAUUUGCUAACAAUUGAGACUCUGGUAUGGAAAAGCUUUCAAACUUCUCUUGUAAACUCAUCCUCUUUGAAGAGCAUUGAAAUUUUAAGUUCCGGAAGUAAAAUUGAUUCUAAUGCCAGGGCUGCUUCCUCACUUAAAACGCUAAAGGAACCUGACAUCGAAGACUGCAAACAAUUCUCCACGAUAUCAAUUUCCAAUGAGACUUUUCCCAUCCUUGAAACAUUCGUGGUUAGGAUGAAUCACUACUUCGUGGAGAUAGAGACGCUGCCAGUGUCGCUCAAAAUUCUAGAAAUAUACUCUUGCAAUUUGCUGAAGAACAUCACGUGUAUUAAAGAUCUGGUAAACCUUGAGGUUCUGACAAUAUGCGAUUGUCUGCAGAUAGAAGAACUUUCAAGCUUUGCUGAUUUGGUUUCACUAAAAGAAUUUAGAAUAAGAAAUUGCCCCAAAAUUGAGAAAAUGGAAGGUUUGGAGCACUCAAAGUCAUUGAAGGUACUGAUCGUGCAAACCUGCUGGAAGGUGCCAGGUAUACAGAGUUUAGAGAAAGUGGAACGAUUGGAAGAACUGGAGCUCAAAUGUGACACCAUAUCAGCUCUGAAACCUUGUAUUCAGUCUAUACAGGUGAAGGGUUGUCCAAGGAAGAUCUGGAUACAAGGCAGAGUGAUCCGGCUGGUGAAGCCAAUUGUAAACUCUUUGGAAUUUCCUGAUCUUGCGGUUAGGGAGGUGGAGGAGCUACCUGAUGUAGACAAGAUUCUAGAUGAGUGUGAUUUCAAUGCUCUUUUGUGCUAUGCUGAGGAGAUUGAUGAGGAGAGAAAAGUGGUACAUAUAUAUGUGGUAAAUACAUGUCCAUAUGACUAUCAAAAGAACUUAGCCAAAAGUUUCUUCCGCAUAAUUGAAGGAAACUUGCAAGGAAAGAAAGCAAUGCUAGUGAUGGGCAAAGAAGGAAGAGUUGUGGAGGCCUUUUACCAAUUAUUGGAAUUCCUGGAAGGGUAGGCUUAUUUUACAUACUCUUAGUCUUGUCUGUUCAGGUGGCACAUGUGAGGUCCCCUUAAUCCAUUCCUUUUGCCAAUGCCUGUUUCUACUCACCUAAGUCAUCUCGCUAACCAUUACAUUCACCAGUUAGCCGCCUAGCUCCCACGCAUACAUCAAACCAAACUCAAACUCACUGUUCCAGUUCCUGCCCAGAUUACAUUUGUCAGGGUACUCCCAGCCUGUGCCAAAAUGGGAACUUUGAAAUAGGGUAUAGAUAUCCAUAUAAGCAUAAAGCAUACAAGAAUUUUGUCAGAUGUUGUAGUUGGAAAUCCUCUGGUAGACAUGUAUGCAAAGUGUGGAAGUGUAGACAAGGCAUCAGAAAGAUAUCAUCUCAUAAAAUGCCAUGAUUGCAGAAUAUACACAAAAUGGAUUUGUUUUAAAGGCUUUAGAAAGUUUCAAGCAAAUGCAAUUGGCAGGAUUAGAGGAAGACUCUCCAACAUUUACCAGCAUCCUCCCUGCUUGUGCCAAAAUGGGAGCUUUAGAACAAGGUAUGACAUCCAUCAAAGGAUAAAGGACAGGAAUUUUGUCAGAUGUUGUAGUUGCAACUGCCCUAGAAGACAUCUAUGCAAAAUGUGGAAGCAUAGAAAAGGCACAUGAACUGUUUGACAGAAUGCCUCAGAGAUGUCAUCUCAUGGAAUGCCAUGAAUGUAGGAUAUCCAAAAUGUGGAAGCAUGGAUCAGACACGUGAACUUUUUAACAAAAUGCUUCAAAGAAAUGUGUGUGCAUGUUUUAAAAAGGCUUUAGAAACUUUCAAGCAAAUGCAAUUGGCAGGUGUAAAGCUAGACUCUGCAAACUUUGUCAGCAUCCAUAUAGUGUGUGCCAAAUUAUCAUAUAAAUUUACAUAUUGAAAC